CUCCCCCUUUGAAAAGUUCUUCCUUAUUGACUUUCAAAACCCAAACCUCCUCCUUAUAUUCAUUUCCCUAACCCCUAAACUAAAUAAGAUCAACAAACGAAGCUUCUUCUUCUUUGGUGUCAUCAAGAAUGUCUCAGCACCAAAAAAUCUAUCCGGACCACGACCCAGAAGCCCCAACCGCACGUCCAACGGCUCCUUUGGUUCCUCGUGGUUCAUCACGAUCAGAACAAGGAGACCCUUCCAAAGACCCUUUGAACCAAGGACCACAACGGUUCGUGCCUUUGCCUCCUCCAAAGAAGAGAGGAUCAAGAAGCUGUUGUUGUAGAUGCUUUUGCUACACGUUUUGCUUUCUCUUGCUACUUGUUGUUGUUGUAGGCGCGACGAUUGGUAUACUCUACCUUGUCUUUAAACCGAAGCUACCGGAUUACUCUAUUGACCGGUUACAACUCACGCGUUUUGCACUUAACCAAGACUCGAGUUUGACUACGGCUUUUAACGUGACUAUAACCGCUAAGAAUCCGAAUGAGAAGAUUGGGAUUUACUAUGAAGAUGGGAGCAAGAUUACUGUGUGGUACUUGGAACAUCAACUAAGCAAUGGGUCGUUGCCCAAAUUUUACCAAGGCCAUGAAAAUACGACAGUGAUAUACGUAGAAAUGACUGGCCAAACUCAGAAUGCAUUGGGUUUAAGGACAACAUUAGAAGAGCAACAACAAAGAACCGGGAACAUACCAUUGAGAAUUAGAGUUAAUCAACCGGUUCGGGUUAAAUUUGGGAAGUUAAAGUUCUUCGAGGUGAGGUUUUUGGUCCGAUGUGGUGUAUUUGUUGAUAGCUUGGCAACAAAUAAUGUUAUUAAGAUUCAAAGUAGUAGCUGCAAAUUUAGACUUAGGUUAUAAAUCAGUCUUGAGGUGGUUUUGUCAGAUAUAUAUAUAGUCACAUAGUUCUCCUCUAAACUACAUUAUUAUGUCUCAUAUUCUGAUACCUUUGUUGUAUAAUAAAUUACUUAUUUUUGUUACACAUAGUUGUUUGGUAAAAUUUGGUUUAUUUACGUUGUUUAAUUUCAUAAGAGGUACUGCUAAAGCUAAA